AUGCCAGGAAUCAAGAGGAUUCUCACCGUGACCAUUCUGGCUCUCUGUCUUCCAGGACCUGGGAAUACACAGCAACAGUGCACGAAUGGGUUUGACCUGGAUCGAACGUUAGGACAGUGCUUAGAUGUAGAUGAAUGUCGGACCAUCCCUGAAGCCUGUCGUGGGGACAUGAUGUGUGUGAACCAAAAUGGCGGAUAUCUGUGCAUCCCCCGAACAAACCCAGUGUACCGUGGGCCCUACUCAAACUCCUUUUCUACUCCUUACUCGGGUGGUCCAUACCCAGCAGCUGCCCCACCACUUUCAGCUUCAAACUACCCUACAAUUUCUAGGCCUCUCAUUUGCCGCUUUGGAUACCAGAUGGAUGAAGGCAACCAGUGUGUAGAUGUGGACGAGUGUGCGACAGAUUCCCACCAGUGCAACCCGACCCAGAUCUGCAUCAACACAGAAGGAGGGUACACCUGCUCUUGCACCGAUGGCUAUUGGCUCCUGGAAGGACAAUGCUUAGACAUUGAUGAGUGUCGCUAUGGGUACUGCCAGCAGCUGUGUGCGAAUGUUCCUGGAUCCUACUCCUGUACAUGCAACCCUGGUUUUACCCUCAACGAGGAUGGAAGGUCUUGCCAAGACGUGAACGAGUGUGCGACUGAGAACCCCUGCGUGCAGACCUGUGUCAACACCUACGGCUCUUUCAUCUGCCGCUGUGACCCCGGCUAUGAACUUGAGGACGAUGGUGUUCGCUGCAGUGAUAUGGACGAGUGCAGCUUCUCCGAGUUCCUCUGCCAACACGAGUGUGUGAACCAGCCUGGCACGUACUUCUGCUCCUGCCCUCCUGGCUACAUCUUGCUGGACGACAACCGGAGCUGCCAGGACAUCAAUGAAUGUGAACACAGGAACCACACCUGCAACCUGCACCAGACUUGCUACAAUUUGCAAGGGGGUUUCAAGUGCAUUGACCCCAUCCGCUGCGAGGAACCUUAUGUGCUCAUCAGUGACAACCGCUGUAUGUGUCCCGCUGAGAACACCGGCUGCAGAGACCAGCCCUUCACUAUCUUGUACCGGGACAUGGAUGUGGUGUCGGGACGCUCGGUUCCUGCUGACAUCUUCCAAAUGCAAGCGACGACCCGCUACCCUGGGGCCUAUUACAUUUUCCAGAUCAAGUCUGGGAACGAGGGCAGAGAAUUCUACAUGAGGCAAACGGGCCCCAUCAGUGCCACCCUGGUGAUGACCCGUCCCAUCAAAGGGCCCCGGGAGAUUCAGCUGGAUUUGGAAAUGAUCACCGUCAACACAGUCAUCAACUUCAGAGGCAGCUCCGUGAUCCGACUGCGGGUAUACGUGUCGCAGUAUCCCUUCUGAGCCCUGAGUCAGGGCCUCGGACACUGCUUCUCACUAGCACCAAGGGACAGGAGAAGAGAGACGCACGAGAGAAUGAGAGCAAGACAGACAUUACUCCUUACCUGCUGACCAGUUUCCUGAUGGGUCGGCCACCGCAACCUGACCCCCACCUGUAUUAUGGUAGAUGGUCACUCUGAAGGACAUGCUGCCCCAGUUCUACGAUGCAGUAAUCCCAAAGUAUUAUCAUUGGCCCCUGAUGUGAGAUCAUUGGUGAUUUUUGAAGGCCUUGAGAUCAUUUUCAUAUAUAUAUUUUUUAAUCCAAGAAAAUAGAUUAAGUUUUCUGGGGUAUGAGUUUAUGUUCAAAGACUGUGAACAGCUUUUGCUCACCUCGUCCACGCCGUCUUUCUAUCUCUCGCUGUGUUGCUGCUUUGCCAAAACCCAGAGAGCGCUUGAGGCGGCACACUGGGUGUAGCUAGUUGCUUCUGCGUGUAUGGAGAAGACGAUAGAUACAAACCACAGCAGGAUCUAAGGGUUUUUAAAGAGUCUAUUUCAAAACCGUAUCUGGUGUUUUCAGCCAUAAAAGAAGUUUUAAUUGUCCUU